CAACCCGAAGAAUAGGACCACUACAAGAUCAUGCCAAGAAAUCAAUCUGAUCUUCAUUGUUUUACAGUUAUAAAUUUAUGAUUUUCAGAUCUGGAUCUCUCGUGCAUGCUGAACAUAUCCCUUUUUGACUAAUUCCGUAUUCUCUCUUUCAGAUGCACUUGUCUGGCAGCCGGCCACCCCUAUAUAUCUAAGCAAAUAUGACUAUGAGCGACAAAAACCUUCAUAUAGUCAUGUACCCGUGGUUUGCCAUGGGCCACCUAACCGCAUUCCUCCACUGCUCCAACAAACUUGCUGAGAGAGGCCACAGAAUCUCUUUCUUCCUCCCAACCAAAACUCAACCAAAGCUCGAGCCUUUCAAUCUGCAUAAAGACCUCAUUUCGUUCAUCCCAAUUACCGUUCCACAGGUGGAUGGCCUUCCGCCCAGUACCGAAACAACCGCAGAUGUUCCUUUCUCAUUGCAUUCCCUCCUCAUGACUGCCAUGGAUCUUACUGAACCCACAAUUGAAGCCUCUCUUCGUGACCUCCAACCCCAUUUCAUAUUUUAUGAUUUCACUCACUGGGUACCAGCGUUGGCACACCGACUGGGCAUCAAGGCUAUACAUCAUUGCACUAUUAGUCCAGCAUCCGUUGGUUAUUUGUUGAGCCCAGAAAGAAAACUUGAUGAAAAACCUUUAACAGAGGCUGAUCUUAAGGCACCUCCGCCAAGUUUCCCAUCUUCUUCGAUCAAGCUUCGCGCCCAUGAGGCCCGAGAACUAACGUUCGCAACUAUGAAAGAAUAUGGCCAUCGUAUAUCUUUCUUGGAACGCCUCAUGUUCUCUUGCAGAGAUUGUGACGCGCUUAGUCUUAGAAGUUGUAGGGAGAUGGAAGGGCCGUACUUUGAAUAUAUUGAAGGACAGUUUAGAAAACCUGUGAUUCUUGCAGGGCCUAUAGUGCCUGAACCACCAACCUCAUCAUUACAAGAGAAAUGGGCAAAGUGGCUGGAUGGUUUCCAUGCCAAAACCGUGAUAUUCUGUGCAUUUGGAAGCGAAUGCAUUUUAAAGAAGGAUCAGUUUCAUGAACUGGUUUUGGGUAUAGAACAAUCGGGUAUGCCAUUUCUCGCUGCCUUGAAACCACCAAUGGGGGAUGAAACGAUUGAGUCUGCGUUGCCGAAAGGGUUUGAAGAGAGGGUAAAUGGAAGAGGGGUUGUUCAUGGGGGUUGGAUUCAGCAGCAGUUGAUUCUGAGGCACCCUUCUGUGGGGUGCUUCGUGACGCAUUGCGGGUCAGGUUCCUUAUCAGAAGCCAUGGUGAGUGAGUGCCAGUUAGUGUUUCUGCCACACGCUGGGGAUCAAAUCAUCAAUGCAAGGCUGAUGAGCGGGGAUUUAAAAGUCGGAGUUGAGGUUGAAAAGGGUGAAGAAGACGGCCUGUUUACAAGGGAGGGUGUGCGCCAGGCAGUGAGGGCUGUAAUGGAUGAUGAUAGUACGGUGGGGAAGGAGGUGAGAGCCAACCAUGCAAAAUGGAGAGAGUUCUUGUUGAGCGAAGGGCUUGAGAAGUCCUACACUGACGAUUUUGUUCAAAAGCUGUAUUCUCUGCUCAAAUGACUUUAUUGCAACCCAAGAUAUAGAUAGUAAUAUUAAUCAUUAUAUCUUGAUAGUGAAUAAUGUUUAAGUAAUUUAAUUCACGAUUUGAUG